CCAUUAAUUGCAUGUAAGUACUUCUCCUAUACAUUUGAUUGUAUCAGACAAUCGGUGAUCGAAAGUUUCCCAAAAAAUUCGUCAUGGUGUUCAUAUUUCCAACUCUUCUGUCUAUGAAACUCAAACCACUUUUGCUGCUUCAUGUGAUGUACUUUUGUUCAUUUGCAAUGGCUGCUUCUCCUAUUUCUUCUGAGAUUGCUUUAGAAGCAAAUGCUUUGUUGAAGUGGAAAGCCAGCCUAGACAACCAAAGUCAAGCUUCUCUCUCUUCAUGGAUUGGCAAUAAUCCUUGCAAUUGGCUUGGAAUUACAUGUGAUGUGUCCAAUUCUGUUUCCAACAUAAAUCUUACACGUGUUGGGUUAAGAGGUACGCUUCAAAGUCUUAAUUUCUCAUUACUUCCAAACAUCCUCAUACUGAAUAUAAGCUACAACUCCUUGUCUGGAAGUAUUCCUCCUCAAAUUGAUGCCUUGUCCAAUCUCAACACUCUUGACUUGUCCACUAAUAAACUCUCUGGUAGCAUUCCCAACACCAUUGGUAAUUUGUCCAAACUACAAUAUCUUAAUCUUAGUGCCAAUGGUCUAUCUGGGUCUAUUCCUAAUGAAGUGGGAAAUCUCAAUUCUCUUCUCACAUUCGAUAUAUUUUCCAACAAUCUCUCUGGACCAAUUCCACCUUCAUUAGGUAACUUACCCCAUUUGCAAUCCAUUCAUAUUUUUGAAAAUCAACUCUCUGGGUCCAUUCCUUCCACUCUAGGAAAUUUGUCCAAGCUCACUAUGUUAUCUUUAUCAUCAAACAAACUCACUGGGUCCAUUCCUCCCUCUAUUGGAAAUUUAACAAAUGCUAAAGUGAUAUGUUUUAUUGGAAAUGAUCUUAGUGGUGAGAUUCCAAUAGAAUUGGAGAAGCUUACUGGUUUGGAAUGUUUGCAGCUAGCUGAUAAUAAUUUUAUAGGCCAAAUACCUCAAAAUGUUUGCCUCGGUGGAAACUUGAAAUACUUUACUGCGGGGAAUAACAAUUUCACUGGCCAAAUUCCUGAGAGUUUGAGGAAGUGCUACAGCCUUAAAAGACUCAGGCUUCAGCAAAACCUUCUAUCCGGGGAUAUCACAGAUUUUUUUGAUGUACUUCCAAACUUGAACUACAUCGAUUUGAGUGAAAAUAAUUUUCAUGGUCACAUUUCACCUAAGUGGGGAAAGUUCCAUAGCCUCACAAGCCUCAUGAUCUCCAACAAUAAUUUGUCAGGUGUUAUUCCACCAGAACUAGGUGGAGCGUUCAACUUACGCGUACUUCACCUAUCCUCAAACCAUCUUACAGGAACCAUUCCUCAAGAAUUAUGCAACAUGACCUUCUUGUUUGAUCUCUUGAUCAGCAACAAUAAUCUUUCAGGAAAUAUCCCUAUAGAAAUAUCAUCGCUGCAAGAACUUAAAUUUUUGGAGCUUGGCUCAAAUGAUUUGACUGACUCAAUCCCGGGACAACUUGGAGAUUUGCUCAAUUUAUUGUCCAUGGAUCUGAGCCAGAAUAGAUUUGAGGGAAAUAUUCCUUCAGAUAUUGGCAAUCUGAAAUAUCUUACAAGUCUUGAUCUCAGUGGAAAUUUGCUGAGUGGAACAAUACCACCCACGCUUGGAGGAAUAAAAGGCUUAGAAAGAUUGAAUCUCUCACACAAUAGUCUUUCAGGUGGUCUCUCUAGCUUGGAUGAUAUGAUAAGCUUGACAUCUUUUGAUAUAUCAUACAAUCAGUUUGAGGGUCCACUUCCAAACAUUCUAGCCCUCCAAAAUACUUCAAUUGAAGCAUUGAGAAAUAAUAAAGGCUUGUGUGGCAAUGUCACUGGCUUGGAGCCUUGCACAACAUCAACUGCGAAGAAAUCUCAUAGUCAUAUGACAAAGAAAGUCUUAAUAUCAGUUUUACCCCUUAGUUUGGUCAUUCUAAUGCUUGCAUUAUCUGUUUUCGGAGUCUGGUAUCAUUUACGCCAAAAUUCAAAGAAAAAACAAGACCAGGCUACAGAUUUACUAUCUCCAAGGAGUCCAAACUUAUUAUUACCAACGUGGAGUUUGGGUGGCAAAAUGAUGUUCGAGAAUAUUAUUGAAGCCACAGAAUAUUUUGACGACAAAUAUCUUAUUGGGGUUGGAGGGCAAGGACGUGUUUACAAAGCCAUGUUGCCUACAGGUGAAGUCGUAGCUGUGAAGAAACUCCAUUCAAUUCCAAAUGGAGAAAUGCUCAAUCAGAAAGCUUUCACAAGUGAGAUCCAAGCUUUGACAGAAAUCCGACAUCGUAACAUUGUAAAGUUACAUGGGUUUUGUUCACAUUCACAAUACUCAUUUUUGGUGUGUGAGUUUCUGGAGAUGGGCGACGUCAAGAAGAUUUUGAAGGAUGAUGAACAAGCAAUUGCGUUUGAUUGGAAUAAAAGGGUGGAUGUUGUUAAGGGUGUAGCAAAUGCUUUAUGCUAUAUGCAUCAUGAUUGCUCACCUCCAAUCGUUCAUCGUGAUAUAUCAAGCAAGAAUGUUCUUUUGGAUUCCGAUUAUGUAGCUCAUGUCUCAGACUUCGGAACAGCCAAGUUUCUUAAUCCAGAUUCAUCCAAUUGGACCUCCUUUGCAGGAACCUUUGGAUAUGCUGCUCCAGAACUUGCAUACACAAUGGAAGCAAAUGAGAAAUGUGACGUGUAUAGCUUUGGGGUCUUAGCAUUGGAAAUAUUGUUUGGAGAGCACCCUGGUGAUGUUACAUCUUCUCUAUUGCUAUCAUCUUCAUCGAUUGGUGCUACCUCAACACUAGAUCAUAUGUCAUUGAUGGUUAAGUUGGAUGAACGUCUCCCUCAUCCAACUAGCCCUAUUGACAAGGAGGUGAUAUCGAUUGUGAAGAUAGCAAUUGCCUGCUUGACUGAAAGCCCGCGAUCUCGCCCUACCAUGGAGCAGGUUGCCAAGGAGCUUGCAAUGUCUUCGAGGUCAUCUUCAAUGUCACCACGGACACACACACACCUGAAAGACUGAACAUACUAAACAUGCUCCAGUUCUACUGUUCUUUUUGUGUUUUCUUGUAUUGUCACUCACUUUUCUUAUACUAAUCUUUUUCAUGUCUUCAAAAAUAAAACCUGUAAGCUUUACUUUCUAUCCUCUGCUAUUAAAAAGAAGGAAACAGGGUUAGCGUUUGCAAAGUAUUAUUUUUGCUCUA